GGGCCACGUGACCUGUUGUCUCUUUCUCCUCUUCCUCCGUGCUCACGGUUCAGCAGCUAAGUGAAGCGUGCGCAGUGGAAUACAAGCAGUGAGCAUGUAGGGCCGGUGUGGCAGCGCCAUUACUGUGACGCCUGAACUCGACCGGGAGCGGCCUUUUCGCUGACUUGCUGGCGGGACAGCUGACGUCACGCGGCCUCCAUGGCGGCCGUUGACAGCUUCGACCUGCUGUACAGAGAGGUGUCGCGAUCAUGCGGCACAUACUCCGAGACCUUGGCUCUGGUGGGCGCUCUGUACGCCUCAUCCAGGGCGCUGUACCUGCUCAGAGACGGGUGCGCCAUGGUCCGGGUGCAUUUCCUGCCCAGGAUGAUCCAAACGACCAGGCUGACCCAGAUCUACGGAGGCUGGGCGGUCGUCAACGGUGCGACCGAGUCGGUGGCCAAAGCUUACGCAGAAGAGCUGGCCAAGCAGGGAGUCAGCGUCAUCUUCAUCUGUCAUGAUGGGGCCGGCGUGGGAGACCUUGCCGCCAGGCUGGCCCAGGACUACGGCGUGGAGACAGUGGUGGUCCUGGCCCACUUCUCCUUGGAUCCAGCAGCCGUCGAGCCAGUCCAAGAAGCUCUGCGGGGCAAGGACGUUGGUUUCCUAGUGAACUGUGUGGACGAGUCACUGGCCUCGCCUCACGCCUUCACAGAUAUACCAGAACAACGAGUCUUGGAUCUAGUGACCAAGAACAUCGGGGUGGCGACCCUGCUGGCGCGGCUGGUGUUGCCCAGUAUGUUGCGGCGUGGCAGAGGAGCCGUGGUCAACAUCUCGUCCGGGGCUUGUUGCAGACCGCUGCCUGGGCGAGUGACGCUCACCGCCUGCACGGGAUUUUUGGAUCAGCUCUCCAGAUCUCUGCACUUUGAGUACAGCGGUCGAGGACUCGUCAUUCAGAGUCUGAUUCCAUUCCAGGUCGCUACACCAUCCUCGCCGCUUGCUGAGAGCUGGCUGGUACCGAAGCCGGACGUCUACGCUCGUCACGCCAUCUCCACUCUGGGGGUCUCGCACAGGACCACCGGCUACUGGCCUCACACGCUGCAGCGUGGUCUGCUCCGCUGCGUCCCAGACUGGAUCUGGGUUCUGGGGUCUCGGGUCUUGGUCAGGAGCGGAGGCAGUUGAGUCACAUGAGGAGUCGUGAUCUUCAAAAUAAUCUGGACUUCUCCCUCUCCGAGACCGAGUAAUCUGUUUCACAGAGACUGGAAGUGUGUCAUUUAAAGCCAGAGAUUGGGGCUACAAUCCCGACUUUGUCUUCUGCUGCGGUGGCGUGUGACUCAUUGUGUCUCACUGUCAUCUCUGCUGGGUGAAGCCAGUUUCUGCCAAGCCUUGGCCUGCGGGUGAGGUGAGAUGAGAAGGCUCACAUUAAGUGUUACAUAAGAAGGCAAUAAACGUGAUUAUCUUUUCUUAUCGGUGGACUGGUUUCUGAUGAUCGAGCUCCUGCUACCUCAGCCUACCUGCUACCUCGGCCCUGAUUUCACAGCUGCGUUUGUACGCUGUUUUUUUCUUCUUGUUGUUGCUGCUCGACAUC